AUUUUCUUCCUGAACUGGUGAUUAACUCGUAAUAACAGCAUAUAAAAAGACUUUCUGAACAGCACCGCCAAUAUGUCUGUCGCAAACCCGAAACAAACAACAAUGAAUCCAACGGUUCCUUAUGCUGGUACCAUCCUGGGCGGACUUCAACCCGGAGAGAUGGUGCUCAUUCAGGGCAGUGUUCCCAGUGAUUCAGACAGAUUUCAGGUUGACCUGACCUGCGGGAGCAGCAUGAAGCCUCGGGCAGACGUGGCCUUUCAUUUUAAUCCUCGCUUCAAGCGGUCUCCUUACAUCAUCUGUAACACACUGCAGAAGGAGCGCUGGGGCAAAGAAGAGAUCCACUACCUGAUGCCCUUCCAACACGGAGCUGCCUUUGAGAUCAUCAUACUCGUGCAGAAAGAUUUGUUCAAGGUGGCGCUAAAUGGUUCUCACCUGCUGGAGUACAGGCACAGGAUAGAGCUCAAGAAGGUGGACACACUGGCCAUAUCAGGGAAGGUUCAGAUUCAAGCCAUUGGGUUUAUUCCCAGUUCAGUGAGCAAGAGUUCCAUAACACCUUCAAAUGGAGUUGCAAGCAAAAGAUCACAGCCUUAUUCAGUCAUGUCGGAGUCAGGUGACACGAGUCUUCCAUUUAAGAGCAAACUUGCGAAAGGAUUGAGUCCAGGAGAUUCCAUUAUGGUGAAGGGGCAGAUCUCUGGUUCCCCAGAGAGUUUCGCUGUAAACCUGCGCAUCAGUAACUCGGAGGACAUUGCUUUUCACUUAAACCUUCGUUUCAAACCGGCUUCCUUCGUUAGAAACUCUUUCCUGUCUGGUUGUUGGGGGCUUCAGGAGACCUCCCUCCCCAGCUUUCCCUUUUCACCCGGGCAAAACUUUGAGAUGAUCAUCCUGUGCGAGGCUCAGGAGUAUAAAGUGGCAGUAAACGGGUUCCAUCAGCUGAAUUACAAGCACCGUGUGCAGGAUCUAAGUUGCGUGGAUGUGAUAGAGAUUGUGGGAGAUCUAGAGCUUAAGGAUGUGAAGAUUUGGUGAGCAGCUCCAGCUUGACGACUUGACAUUCCCGUGUUUCCUCCAACCAAGUAUAUUUAAUCAACCUGAGAAUCCUGCAGCUGCAAGCGAAUCGGAACUAUUUUAACUUAUAUCAUUUGAAUUUGGACUAAAAUGCUAGACCUGGGGCCUCAUUUAUAAAAUGUGCGUAUGUACAGAUUUGAUCUUAGAGUGUGCAUACACUAAAAU